AUGGCAGCCCUCGACAUCCCACCGGGCAACAUCCAUUCAUUCCUAUUCCCUACCACAACGAGCAUAUCUCCCUCACGGCCCCGAGUGCCCGAGGACAAACCGAUCUUUGAUCUUCCCUCGACGGGCGAAGUGCUCACCUACGGCCGCCUGCGUUCUGACACACUCUCCCUCGCUGCGGGUCUUCAUGCGCUGCUGAAGAAUGCACCGGGGCAUGGCGAUCUCGGCGUCUCCGGUACAUCAACAGGUCCAAUAGUCCUACUCCACUUUCCCAAUAGCCUGCACUAUCCCGUCGUCCUGCUCGGAUCACUUGCAGCCGGGUGCACCGUCACGCUCACGAACCCGAUUCUGACACCCACGGAGAUCGCGCACAUCGUGGGCCAAACCGAGCCGGAGGUCGUAUUCACCCAACCAGGACCCCAGGGCCAGGGAGUGAUCGAGGCGGCGUAUGAGGUUCUAGCGAAGGAGGGAAAGAGGGUACAGAGAGCGAAUGUGUUCACUGUGGAUAUUGCGGCGUAUCCGUUCACAGUUUCGAGGGGAAAUAUGUCAAAUGGGAGCAGUUGGACAGGAUUGAUGACCCAUCAGAACGAGGCAUUCGUCGUGACGCGAAUGACGUCCGACGAAGCCCGUUCCCGCACUGCUAUCAUCCUCUGGUCAUCCGGCACCACCGGCAAGAGCAAAGGCGUCCUCCUGUCCCACCGGGCGCUCGUCGCCCACCCCAUCGUCCUCCUCGCCGGCAAUCCGAGCUUCAAAGUGAAUGGCGAGAUCUGGGUCGGGUUCGCCCCAUUCUUCCAUAUAUUCGGGCUGAUGAAUGUCUGCUUGUUUGCCCCUUACCUCGGUGCCCAUGUCCUCCUGCUGCCCAAAUUCGAUUUCCUUACCUUCCUCCGCCUGAUUUCUACCCAUCGCGUUACCAACCUGCACAUCGUCCCUCCUAUCGCCGUCGCUCUAGCCAAGUCGCCUUUGAUCAACGAGCCCUGGUGUGAUCUGAGCAGCGCGAAGACGGCCACGUGUGGAGGUGCGCCGUGCGGAGUGGAGAUUAUCGAAGAGGUCAGACGCAGGACAGGGGUCGUAGUCACUAUGGGAUACGGGCUGAGCGAGACUGGGUCAGUGACAAGCACUCCUCUUGCGCACUGGGAUCUGGUCGAGCCACACCUCGGCGCCUCCGGGCAACCCGUGCCCGGGAUGGAGAUCAAGAUCGCCGACGAGUCCGGUCGGGCCCUCAAACCUGGCGAAGUGGGUGAGAUCCUCUGUCGCGCCCCGUUCGUCAUGUCCGGCUAUGUGAACAACAAGGAGGCCACUGCUGGCGCGCUGGACCAAGACGGUUUUGUUCACACGGGAGAUUUGGGCUAUCUGGAUAAGGAUAAUUGGCUGUUUAUCGUGGAUCGACUCAAGGAAGUCAUCAAAUACAAAGGGUUCCAAGUUUCACCCGCAGAGCUAGACGCUAUCAUCGGGGGCCUCUCCUCGAUCGCUGACGUGGGCGCAGCCUCGAUCUACAGUGAUGAACAAGGCACCGAGCUCCCACUGGCCUACGUCGUUCCCCGCUCUCCGGCUCUCCAUUCUCUGCUGCGCCAAGGGGCCAUCACAGCCGAUCAUACCGAGCUCAUCAACCUCGCCAACGAAGUGCGCAAGACGGUGGAAGAGAAAUGCGCACAUUAUAAGUGGCUCAAAGGCGGCAUCGUCUUCUGUGAAGCGGUGCCCAGGAGCGCGAGUGGGAAGAUCGUGAGACGGAAUUUGGGUGAGGUCAAGGGCGUGCACGUGAGAUGUUACCCGAAGGAAGGGGUUAGGGCAAGAUUGUAG